AUGCAAGAAACCCUUGAAACAAGAGCCAUGAAACUGUACAUCAUCUUUUUCCUGGCAGUGGUGAAUAAAGAAACCUCUAACUACCAACUACCUGACAGGACACCCUGUGAAAUGGCAAACUCUCAGGCAUUUUGCCACAACAAAGACCUCCACCAAAUCCCUCAUGACCUCUAUCCAAAUGUAAACAAAAUAGAUCUGUCCGGAAAUCGGAUUCAAAGCAUUCCUGAAAUGUCACCAUCAUUUUACACUUCCCUUCGGUGCCUGGAUUUAAGCUCUAACCAGAUAAGUUUCAUCAUGCCUGGAGUCUUUGCACACAUGAAGAGUUUGCUGGAAAUAAAUUUAGCCAACAAUCACUUAUAUGAGCUUGCUCAAAAUGGCACAGAGGGGAUUGGACUCUUACCCAAGGUGGAAGUACUGGACUUGUCCCACAACAGUCUGUACAAUGGGAUGGCUGAGUAUUUCAUUAAAGAAGCUCCAGCACUGCGGUAUCUCUCCUUGGCAGACAACAGUAUUAUAAUGAUAUCACAAAAGAUGUUUCAGGGAUCUCCCAAUCUUGUGGAGAUAGAUCUUCAGAGCAACAUCAUCAUGGAAAUAGAAGAAGGUGCUUUUGAGACUUUAGUGAGCCUGUCCAAACUCAAUCUCUCAAGGAAUUCAAUUACUUGCAUCUCUGAUUUUAACCUCAGGCAGCUGGAGAUACUUGACCUUAGCAGGAACAGCAUUGAGACCUUCCACACCACAAAAUCAGAUGAUGAAUAUAGCUUAAGGUGUUUGGAUCUGAGUGAAAACAAACUGUUUCAUUUCCCAGUGUUCCCUCAGGUAAAUAAGCUGGUAACUCUGAAUUUAUCAAAGAAUUUAAUCCAGCUCACUGCUGAAUCCCCUCAUAAUAAAAUGGACUAUGUGAAAAAUGAAUGGCUAAAUGCUUCUGUCCAUCUUCUUGACCAGAAGCAAAGUAGAAACAAAAGUUCUCUUAAUUUAUCACAGCUUGUAUAUUUAGACUUAAGUUAUAAUGAAAUCAAAUCCAUUCCAGAUGGGUUCUUUGAGUCAAUGUUGUCCCUUCACACCCUUAAUCUCAGUAAAAACUGUCUUCAGGCAUUUGCAGUAACUUAUGACAGUGCACUGAUCUCUUUAACUGUCCUUGACUUGAGCUACAAUGCUUUGCAGAACCUUCUCCUUGAUGCUGGUACCUUGUCAAAUUUGAAGGAGCUCUACAUUCAAAACAACUACCUUCAAACACUGCAGUUUGACAUCUUCUCAAAUCUUCCUAGCCUUAGACUGCUUAAUCUACAAAGCAAUAAUAUCAGCCUUUGCAGCAUGUACUCAGGAUUGGCUAAGCAAAGACUUGCUGGAGAGGAAAGUGGUUGUGUGUCAUUUGUCAAUUCUCCCACUCUUCAGUACUUGUACCUAGCUGACAACAUGCUGAACGUCCUGCCAGCAUACAGCUUCUACAAGACUCCUCUGGUUGUCUUGGACCUCUCCAUGAACCCUGGGCUGAAAAUAGAACUUAAAGCAUUAUCAGGUCUGGAAAAGUCUCUGGAAUGUUUGUAUUUAUAUGGUAAUAGCCUAGUAGAUUUAAAUAUUGACUUGCCUUGUUUUAGUCACCUUAAACAUUUAAACCUCUCUGAAAAUCAGCUGAACUGGCUGCCUAAGUGGGGUAGUGACUCUCCACUAGAAGUUCUGGACCUACGGAACAACAGGUUCAGUACAUUGCAGAACAGCAAUAUUUUAGCAUUAGAAAAUUCACUUAAAAACUUGUAUCUCACCGGGAACCCACUCAGCUGCUGUGGAAACAUCUGGCUUUCAUCCAUGAUCCAGAACAAAAAUGUCCAGAUCCCCAACGUGGAGCAUUUAACGUGCCAGCACACUCAGAAUUUUGGGUACCAGGAUGAAAUGCACAUUAAGAACAUUAGACCAGAAGACUGUGAAAAAGAGGAUCUGAAGAAAAUCAACUUCCUUACUAUAUUAACAUUUGUGUUGGUUUUAUCUGUGAUCAUCGUUGGUGUAGGUUCAUUUUUUUGCUUCCGCAGGCAAAACUUUACCCAUCAGUUUAAAGCAUAG